AUGUCAGUAAUUGAAAAUAAUUGCCAGCUCUUGGAAAAAGUGCUCCCUGAGGUUUUAUUUGCGGUAUCUUCUACUGGUGUGACAAUCUCGUCACCUCGGCUCAUAACAGCGCGUUUUGUGGAGUUUGACUUGGCAGGGAAAUGUAAAAGUUGUAAGGGAGAAAAUGUGGACAUUGAUUUUAUUGUUACUCCGAAGGAUGUAACCUUAUAUUGCAAUCGCCUAAAAUCAGAAAAAGUUGUAAUGUUUGACCAUAUUUAUGAAAUUCCUCAACAAUGUGUUUUUCGUGUUAAAUCAAAAGGAAAAAAUUUUAAUAUUAUUCAUAAGGAACCAAAGUGGAAUGAAAAUAAUUUUAUCAAAGGAUAUGACCAGAUGACUGUCAAGGAAUUUUUGUCAAAGCUUUCACAUAGCAAAGCUCAAGUAGGGAUAGAAGAAACAAAAGAAAAUAUAAAGAAAGAUGAUAAAGAAAAGAAAUUAGAAAAAAUUAUUUAA